CACGCGUUAGCCGUAUAUUAAAUAUCACACAACAAACACAACACAUCACCACUUUUGCCAUAUUUUUGUCACUAUUAUCACCAAAACUGGUCUCAAGAUAUGCCCAUUUAUUUUCAUCGAUUGGGAAAUGCCCUCAAAAGGGCUAAUGAGUUCAUCGAUGUCGGCAAAAAGCCACGGGCUUUGGAGAUAUUGUGCGAUGUGUUGCGGUCACGGAAACACAGAACCUGGCAGAAGGAACAUCCAGACAUUAUGAUGAAGUACUUAGAAUUAUGUGUCGAACUCAAGAAGUCUUAUGUGGCCAAAGAAGGCAUAUAUCAGUAUAAGAUUAUAUGUCAACAGACAUAUAUACAGUCGUUUGAAGAGGUGGUCCGCAAAUACAUCGAAAUGGCUGAAGAGAAGGCCGAGUCUGCCAAACGAGAGAGCAAACAAACGGUUCUCGAUGUCGAUGAUUUGGAUAACGCACAAACACCGGAGGAUAUAUUGUUGAGUGCAGUUAGCAAUGAAGACAAUCAGGAUCGCACCGAUCGUGUGGUACUCAUUCCGUGGGUUAAGUUUCUUUGGGAGUCAUAUCGUCAAUGUCUGGAUUUGCUUAAGAAUAACUCACGUACUGAACGUCUAUAUCAUGACAUCGCACACCAAGCGUUCAAAUUUUGUAUUAACUAUAACCGAAAGACAGAGUUUCGUAAGCUUUGUGACAAUUUACACACACAUUUGGAUAUCUUGAAGAAACAACAACAACAGCAACAACAAGUUGGACAUCAACAACAAAAUAUUAUUAAUUUGAGUUCACCUGAGAGUCAAGCUAUGCAUUUGGAGACCCGACUCGUUCAGUUGGAUAAUGCAAUUCAGAUGGAGUUAUGGCAGGAGGCAUAUAAAGCUACUGAUGAUAUCAAACGCUUUGGUCUAAUGAAUUUGUCUAAGAAACCACCGAAACCUCAAUUAAUGGCUAAUUAUUAUCAAAAGUUGUCGCUUGUAUUCCAGAAAGCUAACUGUCCUCUCUUUCACUCCGCCGCACUCUUCCGGUUGUUUCACUUAUCUAAAGAAUUACGUAAAAACAUUACUUCCGAAGACAUUCAAAAGAUGGCCACUAGAGUUGUUACCGCAACUCUUGCUAUACCUAUUCCUCCCAAUAGAGCGGAAAUUGAUAAAUUGGUUGACACAGAGGAAAAUGUUGUUGAGGCUCAUCAACGAAAUUUGGCGUCACUUUUAGGCCUUACUUCUAGUGUUCCCAAUAGAGGUUCGCUCAUCAAAGACCUUAAGCGAAUGGGUGUUCUUCAAUGUGCUUCACCUAAACUUCAAGAAUUAUAUAGAUAUCUUGAGAUAGACUUUCAUCCAUUAGUUCUUUGCGGUCGCGUUCAGACAAUUAUAGAGUGGAUGAAUGAAAAUACAGAUUAUCCUGAAUUAAAACAAUACACGACAGCACUAAAAGACGUGACAGCAAUGCGUUUAUUAAAAGAAGUUUCACAGGUUUAUCAAACAAUUGAAUUUAAACGACUUCUUGAACUUUGCCCUUUUGCAAACUAUACAUAUUUGGAGAAAAUGGUGGUCGAAGCCGCCCGAAGAAAUGAUCUUCAAGUUCGCAUUGAUCAUAGAAAAGGCUGUCUUAUAUUUGGCACUGAAUUACGUGUCUCGACCGGCGAGGAAGUGAUUGAAGGCCCGCAUUUGCAAUCAAUGCCUUCCGAGCAAAUAAGGAAACAAUUGGUUAAUAUGUAUUCAACAUUACAAAAGGCUCGCAAUAUGAUAGAACCCGAUAGGGUUAAGGUUCAGAGGGAAGACAUUAAACGCAAAAUUAUGAAGGCUUACCACAUGACUGCAAAUGAAGAACACAUAAAAAUUCUUCGACGACAAGGAGUUAUUGAGGAACGAAAAGAAGAGUUGGAAAGAUUGGGUCUUAAGAGAGAAGAAGAGGAAAGAAGAAAAGUUGAAGAACAGCAGUUGAAAAUCAGAGCCGCAGAAGAGGAAAGAAUGAUGGUUGAGAAGAAAGAGAGGGAACAACAAAUUAAAUUGAAACAGGAUAUCGAACUGAAGAAACAAAUGGCAAAGGAUCAGAUAUCUAUGAUGAAAGGCUCACUUGGAGGUGCUUUGUUGGACUUGGAUGACGAAGAAUUAGCUAAAAUGAGACCCGAAGAGAUUCAAGUUAAACGAAUUGAACAAUUAGAGAAAGAAAGAAAAGAUCAAUUAAGUAAACAGAGAAAAUUGGAGCGCAAAGUGGAUCACUUGGAACGCGCAAAACGUAUUGAAGAAAUACCCCUUCUUGAGAAAUCUGUCGAGGAAUGGAAAGUAAAAGAUAAAGAAUUAUGGAAUCAAAUGGAAGAAGAACGCAUCAAAGAGAUCAAAGAGGAGAGGAUUUUAGCCCUUCAAUGUAGAGAUAGAUUGAGAAAAGUUUUGGACGACAAAGAGAUAUUUGCCCAAAAAAUUAUCAAAGAAAGACAUAAUGUAUUUGUCGACAAAUUAUCUGAAUUUCAGACAAAACUUGAUUUGGAACGCAAAAGACUUUUGGAUGAAAGACGCGAAAAACGUAAAGAAGAGCGAAGAAAGAAAUAUAUCUCUGAAAAAGAGGCCGAAGAGAGGCGUAUACAUGAAGAGGCUAAGAGAAAGCAGGACGAAGAAAGAGAAGCGAAGUUUAAAGAACAACUAGAAAAACAAAAACAACGAGACUUCGAAAUUGAAGAGAAAAUUCGUCAAAAAGAGUUGGAGAGAGAAAAGGAAUUCGGAGAGAAAAAGAAAAAAGAAGAAGAAGAAAAACGAUUCAAAGUUGAAGAAAGAGAUACGAGAGAACCGGAGAAUUGGCGCAAACGGGAAGAAGUUCCGCGCAGAGCUCCGGCUGAUGAAGAUAAUGAUUGGCAAGAAAUUAAUAGAGUUAAAGAUAGAGACAGAAGAGAUAAUAGAAGAAUAGAAAAGGAAAGGGAUACAGAUAGUUGGCGAACACCCCGACCUACUCGUGACAACAGACCGCCAGCUGAAGGUGUGCGAAGAGGUCCAGCAGAUAAUGACAGUACAUGGCGUAGUGGUGGACAACAGGAUAAACGAUUUGAACGAAAAGAUGACAGACGUGAUGAUAGGGGAGAAAGAAGUUAUCCCAGAGGAGGUGAUAACAGAAGAGAUUUUAGAAGAGAUGAUAGAACUGAAGACAGAAGAGACUUUAGACGUGAUGAUAGAGAUGACAAAAGAGAGUUCAGACGAGACGAUAGAGGAGAAGAUAAAAGAGAUGAUAAAAGGUUAGAAAGAGAUGGCGAUUCAAGAGAAUCAGGCAGUUGGCGAAUGAAUCGACCUCUUAGAGAGAAUAGACCUCCAGAGGAAUCACGAAGAACCCAGAAUGACGACAAUGAAUGGCGAGAUGGGAACAGAGAUCGAGACAGAAACAAAUUUAGAAGAGAUGACAGAAGAGUUGAUGAUAAAGAAUCAGACAAUUGGCGAUCAAAUCGACCCAUGCGUGACAAUAGAUCACCAAUGGAUGGCCAACGAAGGUCAGGCACAGGAGGUCAGGCCGAUGAUGACAAUGAAUGGCGAAGAGAUGAUCGAAAGGCGCAAAUAUCCAAAUGAUAUGAGAUAUACAGUAAAUCAUAUAUCAAUUAAUUACACUUAUAAUAAGCAUAUAUUUUAUGAUUAUAUAAAUUAAUGAUUUAUUAAAAUUUAAAUAAAAAUUAAUU